CCAGUUUCAACCCCAUUUUUUUUAUUCCUUCCCAACCUAGCAUAGAUGGGACGCAUGUUUUAUUUGUGACUUUUUUUACUUCCCUUUUUUUUUUCGCUUCCACUUUCCCAAAGAUCACUCCCUGCUCUCUGUCUGCAAGGAUGUGUUGAAGUGGGUGAAGACAAACAGUGGAACAUCUUAGUGGCUACAUUCGGGCGUUAUAUACUCUUGGGUCUUAUGCUUGCUACCUAUUGAUACUAUUUACUCAUUUGCGUGUGGUCUGCGAUGCUGCUAUGUUUAUGUUGGGAUUUAUUUGCGAAAUACCAGUGGCUUAGCCAUUAUCGGGUAGCUGAUGAGAUCAAUGGAUAUGUUGAUGAUUUAUUAUACGUGGUUCGUUUCGUAGCAUGUUUCUUUCUCAUUAUGGGUAGGAUUGGAAGUUUUGCUAUUUUGCUGUUACAGGCACAUGGCCAGUAAUUACGCCAGAAGAUUGAUGCAAUAGAAGAUGAAAUGAAAGGUUCAUUUCCAGAAUAAACCCUAUUCACGUCAGAGGCGAUAAGUUCCAAAGCUGCUAACAACAACCAAGAGCCAUCCACGAAACUGAGAAAUCAAGUCGUUCACGUUCAGCAUGGAAAAAUCCAAAAUCAACAACACCAUCAAUCCAAUUGCGCACCUCAUCCCGUGUCUUCCAGAGACAUGGGACUAUGCUUCAACCAUCUGCCAUUAAUGUUCGAAAAUCCCCCAGAAACACGAAUUAUCAGAUCAUCCAAAGUUCGCUCAGCAUAGCAUACUACGUCCAUUGCAGCUCGUGUCCCAUAGAUGACAGCCCCUUUGGUUUUUACUCGCGCUCUGCCUCCGGCUUGAAUAAGUCGUUAUAAACAAACUCAAGUCCUGGGUGCAGACCCCAUAUGUCUUCUACCUGAAUGGGGAUCUCCUCCUCGUAUUUCACUUCUGGUUCCUCUUCGCUCUUUACCAAGACUUCGGGUGCAGCAGGUGGUACUAGGACUGUCUGACCAUUUGGUUCAUUGUUAAGCCCCAGAAGUUGAUCUAG